AGCAGCCAUUUCUUUGAUCAUUGCAUUACUUUGAGCCAGAGAACUUGGUAGCCAAAAAUGUUUCAGGACAUUUCCCAAACUGAUUCAGCAUCCAAUUUUCCUGCUUUUAUCCACAAGAGAAGAGAAAGGGCGGAAUAUCACCGAACAUGCCGUCUGGACACAAACAAUCCACAGAGCGUCCUGCAUGUCGUUGGCACAUCUUUAAAGGCAAAUUUGAACAGGAGCGCCCCUCCUGGAUCCCACUUCUUCUCAGUGAAGUGCACUGCCAAUGUUAAAUUCGAACUCUGCCCUCCACUUGGGGAGUCAUCCCAACCGGCCCUGGUACCCCUUAGAGGAAACUCAGUCAUACUCAUCAGCAUGAACCAUGCCAGCCAAUCUGAAAGAGAGGAUAAGCUGUCCGUAUACUAUUAUGGAAGUGAAAGUACCAGGAAGGUUUUGGGGAGAGCAGUUCUACAUCUUACUGCCAUUGAGAUCUCUCUUGACGUGGAUGCUGACAGAGAUGGUAUUGUGGAGAAAAACAACCCGCAUAAGGAAUCAUGGACAUGGGGUCCCAAUGGGCAUGGAGCUAUCCUUCUGGUCAACUGUGAUGCAGAAAAGACAGACAACAAGUCACCAGACAGUGAGGAUCCCCGCAUAGUCAAAGUGGCAGAUCUUAAGGACAUGUCGCUCAUGGUGCUGCGGACCAGAGGACCUGCCGAACUUCCAGAAGGCUACAAACUCACCAUGCACAUCUCUCAGGGAGACGCAGAGAGUGUUCGAGUCUUCAGAGCUGCAUCCCAUGAAGUGGUUAAGAGCAGCCUGCAGAAAAUUUUUAGUUCCUUUGUAAAGGACUAUCCAUUGGUGCUAAGCAGUGAGGUGCUGUCCAAGGAAGUGCCUUACCUUGGAGGCUCAGCAGAAAUGAACUUCUAUGUGGAGGGUCUGAGGUUUCCUGACAAGGACUUUGAUGGGCUCAUCACCAUCAACCUUAGCUUACUGCAGCCAGUGAAGGAGGGCAUUCCUGAGACGCCCAUUUUUACAGACAAAGUGGUGUUCAGAGUGUCACCAUGGAUCAUGACACCCAACACCCUCCAGCCUGUGGAGGUGUUUGUCUGCAGUACAUCUGAUAACUAUGAGUUCCUCAAAGGAAUGAAGACUCUUGUUGCACGUUCUGGGUACAAGCUGAAGAUCUGCCAUGAAUACCUGAACAGAGGAGACCGCUGGAUGCAAGAUGAAGUGGAAUUUGGUUACAUCGAUUCACCCCAUCACUCAUUUCCUGUGGUUUUGGAUUCCCCCAGAGACGGAAGUCUUGAUGACUUUCCUUAUAAUGAACUAUUGGGCCCUGACUUUGGGUAUGUGACCAGAAUGGCUGAGAGAAAAGAUGUGAGCAGCCUGGACUCGUUCGGUAAUCUGGAGGUCAGCCCUCCCGUCACAGUGAAUGGAAAAAAAUACCCUCUGGGCAGAAUCCUCAUUGGGGUUGCCUUCCCAACGGCAACUAAGGGACGAAACAUGACCAAAGUGGUUCAAGACUUUUUGUGGGCUCAGAAGGUUCAGGAGCCUGUUGCCUUGUUUUCUGACUGGCUCUGUGUUGGUCACAUUGAUGAAUUCAUGAGCUUUGUUCCGGCUCCCGACAGAAAGGGCUUUCGUCUGCUGCUGGCCAGCCCAGACGCAGGCUACAAAUUAUUCAGAGGACUGCAUAUUGACGGGCAUGGACAAGCCAAGAUGUUUGAUGGUGUGAAAAAUGAAGUGCAUGUGACAGUGGAUGAUAUCCUGAACGAUGAAAAUCUGCGAGAUGAAAAUAACUACGUACAGAGCUGCAUUGACUGGAACAGGGAUGUUCUGAAAAGAGAGCUGGGCCUGGAUGAUGAUGACAUUAUUGACCUCCCAAUUCUUUUUAAGCUGGAUGACGAGGAUGGCUCCAGAGCAGUGGCUUACUACCCUGAUAUGGUCAACAUGAUUGUUUUGGGAAAAAACCUCGGCAUUCCAAAGCCGUUUGGCCCCAAGGUGAAUGGACGCUGUGCCCUGGAGACCGAGAUGUGCUCCCUGAUGGAGGGCCUGGGUCUCAACUGCACCUUCAUUGACGACUUCACCUCCUACCAUAAACUGCUGGGAGAGGUUCACUGUGGCUCCAACGUCCUCAGAAAGCCUUUUGACUUCAAAUGGUGGAACCUCGAGCUGUGAAUUAAAAACUAAAAACGGUAAAACGUA